CCAAGGUUUGGGGCCUGGGCAAUUCAACCACGCCUAACCCAUGGAUGCAUGAAUAAUAUUAGCCUUAGACCGGAUAUGAGGCACUGCUGAUCCGUCCCGUUCUAAGAUGUUGGAAUACGCGGCAAAGUCAAACUCCUGGGAUGGCCAGGCUAAGAGAAGCGCUAUAUGCGCCCUGGAAGGAGUGCCUGGAGUGGCUCUUAACGCCAACCCCAAUUUCACCCGGGCCUCGAGCGGCUUCCAGCAGUGCGGCUCUCACUUUCAGGUCAUCAAUAAAUGGAUGGAUCCGUCUGGACUGUGCACAUGCUGGGAAAAUGGGUACUCUUUACCCGGGACCCAUCCAUGAAUAUCGUCUCGAGCUGGUCAAAGCGACAAAAAGCUUGACAGAGUUCCAACCGUUUUCUUUCGAUCGCCAGUGGGAUCGACCUUAUUUUGCAAGGCCCUGUCAUGGAGGGGAUCAAUGUCUGACGACAGGUGCCGUCACUAUGCACGGGUCAAGGCGGGUUGGAUUGACCCAGACCCCGGGCAUGGCCCAAAGGCCACCAUCCACUGCAUGGUCUUUCUGCAGGUCGAUUGGUCCUUGUGGGACACGCCAACGAUUCUUGAUCAAGCCUAAAGAAAACGCCCCUCGACCUCGUACAGCUGGAGUCUCUAACCUCUUUCAUAUUCGUUUCAAAAACACAGACUUCGGUUGUACAAUAUUGCGAUCUGUGUUUCUCUUCGGGUCAUCCUCGUUCCUUUUUUCAUUCUGUACUGCAGACAUGGCCCUUUAAUCUCAGCAACGGUCGCUGCGCCUUGACGCCAGGUAGUCUAUCGGUCCAAGGGUGUGUACUGUCGGAUCCGAGAGCUCAUUAGUCACGACUUGGACGGUACAUUAUCAACAGACCUCGCCG